AUGGUCGAAGAACCUAUUCUUGAUGCUAAUCGUCCUAUUUUAAGAGAAUUAUUUGACAAAUUGAAGCAAAAAAAUCCGCAACUUCCAUUCAAUGAAUUAUUCAAACUAUUUGAAAAGACUCAUAUUUAUCCGGACUUACUUGAUAUUUAUGAUUUAAAAAGUAUAAUUUUAAGCAUUGCGAAAUCUAAUGGAAAUUAUGAUAAAAAGCCAAGCUUUUCAUAUAUGGGGUUUGAGGUAUUGUUAAAUGAAGUUGCAAAUAAAUGCUUUGAAAAGGAAGAGAUAGAUCAAAGAUUUAAACUUUUGCUUACACAUAUAAAGGUUUCAUUAAGACUUUUGUAUGGAGUUCAUGUGAUUUUAAAUUUAUCGCAAGAUCUCUCGGAUAUGAUUAAUUCGGAACCAAAUUCUCUGCUGGCAAGAUCGAAUGAUAAGCAAUUUAAGCAAGGAAAGCUAAUUAAAGGCUCUGGCUCACCAACUCAUGCACUACAAAAAUAUAACUCCUUCUUUCUGCUAACGAGCAAAAUUUUUGGUUCUAAGGGAGUUAAAACUAUGUGAAAUUCAUUAUAUACAAUUUACAAAAUUUUUAAAGUUAGCUUAUAGAAUAUAUUUAAAACUUAAUAGAAUAAUUUAAGAUUUUAAUUUAAUAAUGUCAUUUAUAUAUAAAAUACUUUAUUAAACAAAUUUUUAUUAAAAAUUUGUUUUUGCUUGCUUUAUGAGUUUCUUUUCCUUGAAUAGCGAUGCUUCCAAUAACUUUGCUUGCUUACAGAGGGAUGGGAAGUAAUAAUAAUUCUUUGAGGAGUUUUGGAAAAACUACACCAGUAGUUAAUAAUGCAAGCAAUUUAGCAGCAAAAUUACAAAAAAGUUCAACAGUCAGUUUACUCCUCAGGAAAAAUAAGCUAGAUCCUAGACCAAUUCAAAAGUCCCCAGAUGAAGUAGAAUCAGAAUCUCAAAGAUCCCCUGAUGAAUCAGGAACUCCUGGAAGAUUUGCUCAGAGGAAAUCUCUAACUCAAGUUCCAGUAACAACUCCUGAAAAUCCUUUUCCCCAAGCUCCUCCUCAUGAGCUUUUAACGGAACCUGAUGAUAGUGACUUUCAAGCCUCUUUAGCCGACAAGUAUGAUAAACUCAUAGAAUUAUUUAACGAAUUCAAAAAAAAUUGCGAACAAACCAAAAAGCCAAGAUUUAUUGGAAUUAGUCCUCGAAUUCUAAGCUUUAUUAUCCACUUACGAGAGCAAAAAGUAGGAUCUGUAAUCUUUAUUUAGAAGUAUUUGUUAAAAAUGAAUUUUGAUUUAUGGAGACUUAAAGCAAUCCGUAAAUAUUAA